AUGGAUUUCGUCACUCUGUUUCUCAUUGUCUCUGCAUUUUUUACUGCUUCAGCUCAACAAAUUCAGUCUAAUGUGAGCCGAGGCUCUUCUCUAACACCCACCACAAACUCUACGUGGUUGUCACAUUCUGGUCUCUAUGCCUUUGGAUUUUACAAACAGGGCAAUGACUACGCUGUUGGGAUUUUUAUUGCCGGAAUUCCAGAGAAGACUGUUGUCUGGACUGCAAACCGUGAUGGCCUACCAGUCUCCAACAAUACUACCUUGCUUUUCGCAAGCGAUGGCAGGCUUGUCCUUCAAAUGGGACAAGAGCAGCUGGCUGUCGUAGCUGAAUCUUCUGGGUCUGCUUCGGCUUCCAUGCUAAACUCAGGCAAUUUUGUCAUCUAUGAUUCCGAUCGAGGAAUAAUAUGGCAGAGUUUUGAUCACCCGACUGAUACCCUUUUACCCAGUCAACGUCUCUUAGCAGGUCAUGAGCUAUUUUCGAGUAUUUCAGACACGGAUCACUCAACGGGUAUCUUCCGUCUGAAGAUGCAAAAUGAUGGAAACCUUGUUCAGUACCCGGUGGAUACUCCCGACACAGCUCCAUAUGCUUACUUUGCAACUAGUGCAGGUGGCUUUGGAGAUAACGGGACGCUAAACUUUGAUGCUGAUGGCCAUCUCUACUUGCUAAACGCUACUAGUUUCAACAUCAGGAAUCUGACGGAUGGAGGAUAUCCUACAAAAGAAACUAUUUAUCUCAUGAGAAUUGACGUUGAUGGGAUAUUCCGGCUGUACUCCCAUAAUCUGACACAGAACGGAAACUGGUCAAUUGUAUGGUCAUCUUCAUCUGAUGUGUGCGAUCCAAAAGGUCUUUGCGGAUUAAAUAGUUUUUGUGUUUCAUAUGAUCAAGAGGCUGAAUGUUUAUGUUUUCCGGGAUUUGAAAUGGUAAACGAAGGCAACCGAACUGCAGGCUGUGGGAGGAGCUUCUCUGCAGAAGGUUGCAACAACAAAAAUGAAGAUAUUAAAUACAGCUUUGAAGAAGUGGCUAACAUCACAUGGGAAGAUGUUUCAUAUUCUGUUCUGUCAGUACCAUCCAAAGAAUCUUGCGAACAAGCUUGUUUGGAGGAUUGUAACUGUGAAGCUGCGCUAUUCAAAGACAGGACGUGCAGCAAACAAAGGCUUCCAUUGAGAUAUGGGAGAAGGACACAGACUGAUUCAAACAUAGCUUUCAUCAAGGUAAGUAUUUCUACACCCACUACUCUUCAAAACCUCUCUGAUGGGGAUUGGGGAUUGGGGGGCUGCUGGACGAUAGAAAUGGGAAGGGGUUGGUUCGGUUGA